AUGCUCGAAUUGACAUUUCAACUCAAGGCCCUAGGAGCAUUCAUCGCUCUCGUUCUGGCAGGCAAUGUCCUCCGUGCUAAAUUACGAUCGAGGUCACGCCUGCCUCUUCCUCCAGGACCCCCAGGACAUUGGCUGUUCGGAAACCAUAUACCAAGUGCCAACCAAUCUCAACAGUUUGCUGAAUGGAUCAAUACCUAUGGUCCCAUCAUAUCCCUUCGGUUGGGACCUAGCAAGGUCAUGGUCAUCAUUGGUAGACAUCAGGUAAAUGACUCUAAUACUGCUCACCGUGCACCUUCAUACUCACUUGCGAAGGAAUCUAACGAUAUAAUGGAGAAGGAGGGUGGUGUACUAGCGGACCGCCCUCGUGCAGUUGCAGCAGGAGAGAUCUUGUCUCGCGGACUAUUAAUCGUCCUUGCACCCGCAGGAGAGCAGUUGCGGAGACUUCGCAAGGCAGCACACACUCCUCUUCAGGCGAAGGCUGCAGACUCCUAUGCACCCGUCCAGAUGGACGCCGCCCGUGAUGUUAUCCUUGACAUCCUUGAUAACCCUAAGGGACACCAAGCAGCCGCGAAUCGCUACGCAGCGACAGUCAUGUUGCGUAUCAUGUAUGGGAAGUCCACGCCCACCGCCGCGAAUGCACCCGAUAUCAUCGUCAUCCAUAAAAUGCUCAAGCGCUUCCAGAUGCUCAUGCGGCCUGGCGCGUUACUGAUAGAGCGCUUCCCAAUUUUAAAGUACGUCCCAGGAUACACGACCGAGUUGGAGGAAUGGAGAAGAGAAGAGAGUCAGGUCUACCAUGACAAACUCAAUCGUGUUUCGAGAGAAUUUGCAACCGGCAAGGCCGGCCCUUCAUUUGCUCGGUAUCUUCUUGAGAACCAGUCUUCACACAAGCUUUCGGACGACGAAAUGGCCUAUCUUGCUGGAUCGCUGUUUGGCGCCGGUUCAGACACGACUGCUGUGGCGAUCAUGUAUGUCGUCAUGGCUUCCGCGUGUUAUCCCAAGGCGCAGGAGAAGGUGCAAGAGCAGCUGGAUAUCGUCGUUGGUCGUGACAGAGCUCCUACUUUCGACGACUACAAUUCACUUCCGCAGAUCGAGGCAUUCACACUGGAGUGCCUCCGCUGGAGACCCGUGACAACCCUUGGAUUUGCUCACCGUGCCUCGGCUGAUAUAGUCUACAAAGGCAUGCUUAUCCCAGAGGGCGCUAUAGUAUUUGGGAACCACUGGGCAAUCUCGCGCGACCCGAACGUCUAUCCCAACCCUGAUCAGUUCGAUCCUGAGAGAUGGCUCAACAGCGAGGGCAAAAUCCGGGACGACAUCAAGUUCCCUUCAUUCGGCUUUGGACGCAGAAUUUGCCCCGGGCGACACGUAGCGAAUCGCUCUGUCUUCAUCAACGCUGCGCUACUCUUGUGGUCGUUCAAGAUCACGCAGGACCCGGAGAAUCCGAUUGAUCAGAUGGGCUUCGCAGAUGGGGUGGUUGCACACCCCAAACCGUUCUCUGCACGCUUCCAGCCGCGGUUUGGGGAUGAGGGAUCAUUGAGGAACGUGAUGACUAUGUACGGUGAGGGGUUGUAG